UCAGGUUAAUUGAUUCGGUGACUUUUCUCAGUGUACACUAGAUUUCUUAUACCACGUGAGUUGAAGACACAAAAAAGAGAAAACUAUCUAUAAUAAUGACGUGCAUGAUUACACUCCUGUACAGUAGGAGGCAGUAAAAAGUGAAAAUAAAUCAUAUGUUGGGAAAAAAAAUCGUCGAAGAAUACAUUUUGUUUCAGCUGUUUCCUGGACAGCGUGUGAAGUGAUCAGUCACCGACUCCAGGUCUCUCCGAUUUAUGGAAUGAGAAUCAAAACAACAUCAUUGCUCACUUCAGCACUUGGCUUAGUGGCCUUUGUGCUUCCAGCAGUCCAGAUGACUCAAAUCUUUGUGUAUGGCACUCUGAAGAAGGGCCAGCCCAACUACUCCAGAAUGUUGGACCCUGCCAAUGGGAGGGCUUCCUUCCUUGGUCGAGCCAGCACCAUUGACAAGUUCCCUCUGGUCAUUGCUGGCCAGUACAACAUCCCGUUCCUCUUGAACAUCCCCGGAAAGGGCCACCACGUCCAGGGGGAGGUCUACUCUGUUGACGACCAGAUGCUGGCUUUCCUGGACCGUUUUGAGAGCAUCCCUGACAUGUACCAACGCACCCUGGUAAAGCUGAAGGUGGAGGAGUGGGCGAAGGAGGGUGGGGCUACGCGAAGCCCAGGGAGCGCGAUGGAGGCUUUCGUGUACAGCACCACCACCUACAAGCCGGAGUGGGUGACGUUGCAGAGUUAUGAGAACUAUGAUGCUUAUGGUGAUCAUGGUCUAGAGUAUGUGACCCGUGAAGCCAGGGAGGAUUCAUUUUGAAUCUUGAAUUUCCCCUUGAGGAUCAAUAAAGUAUCUAUCUAUCUAUCUAUCUAUCUAUCUAUCUAUCUAUCUAUCAUUAAAAUCCAGUCCAGUCACUGAUCAUCUCUUGUUGUAGGCAAAGUAGUUAGGUCUGACUAAAGACAGUUUUUAAAUGUGUAUGGUUUAAACCUCAGUUUCUUCAGAGUUUAAGGAGUGCCUGGUGAAAAUCAGGUUUAUUAACUGUUGUUUGUAAAUAUACUUGGCAACAUGGUCUGGUCAACGUCUGGUAAUGUAGGUCACUUAUACGUCAAGCAAUUUUUCUAUAUUUUUGAAUUUAGGCAUUGUGUAAUGAGGCAUUCUGAUUUGAGUUACUGAAAUUGCAUUGCAUUAUUGUACCUCAGGGUAGGAUCAGUGGACCUCUUGUUUGGGUCCAGAUAUUUUCCACUUCAGGAAUGAUGACAUAAGCUGCCUGUCAUCCUAUCAAUCACUCAGUGUACCAUUUAUCACUGGUUUUACGCUUAGCCCUAAUGGUUUCAGAGUUUAAUCAGACAUAACACUCCAUGUAACUUUACAACAACCAUUCCAUCAACUAACCAGAUCUCCAGGAAUUGAAAUGUGUUCAUGUUCUACGUCCUGCUUUCAAGUAAUCAUAUUUUCUUAA